AGGAGAAAAGUAUAGGAGAGAUACACAAUGGACCAGGAAGAAGAAAAGGGAGAGGGAGGCUCAGACCUUCUAGACAAGGCAGGUUCACCGGACCAGGAAGGCUUCUUCAACCUGCUGACCCACGUGCAGGGCGAUCGGAUGGAGGAGCAGCGCUGUUCCUUGCAGGCUGGGCCAGGCCAGAACCCAGAAAGCCAGGGUGGCCCUGCUCCAGAGAUGGACAAUCUCAUGGAUAUGCUGGUCAACACCCAGGGCCGCCGCAUGGACGACCAGCGUGUAACAGUUAAUUCCCUGCCUGGCUUCCAACCUAUCGGCCCCAAGUAUUUAGCUUUGAACUCAAAAUAAUCCUCCUGCCUGUUUCUUGAGUACUGGGAUUACAGGAUGGAAUGCAGAAACGACCUGGGACCCUCAGCCCUCAACCCCUGCUCACCCCUCAGGAUCCUGCUGCACUCAGCUUCCGCAGGAACAGCAGCCCCCAGCCCCAGACACAAGCUCCUUGAGAGUUCUAGCCAUCCUGGGCCUCCCACUGGCCCCUGAAAACAAUAAAACACUUGGCACUAGCAACAAAGA